AUGCCAAUCAUUGAUCCACGCUCCGGACCGUCCUACGGCACUAUGGAACAAGAUACCGAUGUCGAACGUGAGGAACUCUUGCGUGAGGAACAUGAUGCAGAGGGCCAGACGAGUGGUGUCUCUACACCCGAUGAAAUGCAGGAAGGUGUUCGAAAGAUCGAAGCCAUCAAUUUGACCUGGACAUCUAAGUCCUUGAUGGUGGCCUACGUCAGCAUAUUCCUCAUGGCCUUCUGCACAUCAUUGGAGGGCCAGACUGUCAUGUCGCUGUCGGCGUAUGCGACGAGUGCCUUCAGUAAACAUUCUUUGAUCUCGACUGUCCUCGUUAUUCAGAAUGUGGUCAAUGCCGUCAUUAAACCUCCCAUGGCUAAAAUCGCCGAUGUGUUCGGUCGCUUCGAGGCCUUCUGCGUGAGUAUUCUCAUAUACAUUCUGGGAUAUAUUCAGAUGGCCAGUUCCACCAAUGUUCAGACCUAUGCUUCUGCGCAAAUCUUCUACUCUGCGGGUUCCACUGGCUUGCAGAUCCUCCAACAGGUGUUCAUUGCCGACAGCAGUGACCUGUUGAACCGUGCGUUCCUUGCGCUUCUUCCUGAACUCCCGUUCCUGGCCACGGUUUGGCUCGGACCGACCAUCGCUGGCGCAAUCCUGCGCACCACUUCAUGGCGAUGGGGUUAUGGUAUGUGGGCAGUGAUUCUGCCGGCAUCGUUCUUGCCAUUGGCUCUCACUCUCUUGUUCAAUCAACGCAAGGCACAGAGAUUGAACCUGAUCAAGAAGCGAUCUCGACGGAACACGAGCUUUGUUAGCAUCCUGCGCCGUACUUGGUAUGACCUAGACGUCGGCGGUUUGGCCCUUCUCUCUGCGGCUGUGACUUUGAUCCUGGUACCCUUGACCCUCGCAGCAACCGCAAAGAACGGUUGGAAGAAUGUGAAUAUUCUGGUCAUGAUCGUCCUUGGCGUCGUCUGUCUUUGUCUCUUGCCAUUCUGGGAAUCUUCUAAGAAAUUGGCGCCCAAGCCCCUCCUCUCUCUCCAUCUGCUCAAGCAGAAGACCGCCCUUGCGGGUUGCGCAUUGGCCUUCUGGUACUUCAUGGCUUUUUACUUUUCUGUCCAGCCUUAUCUGUACUCCUACCUCCAAGUUGUACAGGGCUACGAUGUCGCCACGGCCGGGCGCGUCACCCAAACCUUCGCCUUUACAUCUACCAUUGCUGCGUUCAGCGUGUCUAUUCUCAUUAAAUACACCCGACGAUACCGCAUCUACGUGACUAUCGGAUGUGUCGUCUACAUAACCGGUCUAGCUCUGAUGCUCACCUGCCGCGGAGAAGGCGCCUCGCACCUCCAAGUACUAGGAACACAGGUCAUUGUCGGUAUCGGUGGUGGCUUGGUCAAUGUGCCCGUUCAACUGGGUGUCCAAGCAUCAGCCAGCCACCAGGAAGUUGCCGCUGCAACCGCGAUGUUCCUGACUUCCAUGGAGAUGGGAGGUGCAGUUGGUGCCGCCAUCUCAGGAGCCGUCUGGUCUUCGGCCAUCCCACACAAGCUUCUGAAAUACCUCCCGGAGGAGACCAAGGAUCAAGCUGGCGACAUCUUCGGCAAGCUGACCACCGCUCUGUCUUACCCGAUGGGCUCUCCUACUCGCAUCGCGAUCAACCGCGCCUACCAAGAGACUAUGAACCGGCUGCUGUUGCUGGCGUUGAUUGCAACUAUUCCCCUGAUUCCCCUCAGCCUGCUCAUGGUGAACUACAAACUGGACAAGAUGGGCUACGGUAACUCCGAGCCGCGUGGUGAAUCUGCUCCAGUUGAACCAGAGCGAGAAUCCGAGGACGGACAUUCGAAGCGAACUUAA